ACAGCUGUUUUCUUUUUCAUACACUACAGUACACGUUCAGGCUGAUGCAGUGCAGUUUUCUUUGUGUAGAAGCGUGUUCCCAGUGAAAAAACUGGCCUGCAGACUAUGGAAGAAUCAGAGAUCAUAAGACUCAAUGUUGGUGGACAUAUUUACACUACCACAAGGUCUACCCUUGUCAGGUAUCCAGACUCAAUGCUGGGAGCGAUGUUUAAAGGUGAUAUCCCAUCCAAAGUGGAUCAGGAUGGAAACUUCUUCAUUGACCGCGAUGGACAAAUGUUCAGAUAUAUCCUGAAUUUUUGUAGGUCUGGAAAACUUUGCUUGCCACAACACUUUUCUGAUUAUGAUUUACUGGAAAAUGAGGCAGAUUUUUACCAAAUUGAACCCUUGAUAACCAGCAUCACAUCUUCACGACAACAUGCAAUGAAAGAAAACUUUGAAGUUCAUUACAUAGAAAUCGUGGAAGUGAGAACAGGUACAACUGCAACCAUGCCAUCGAAAAAUUCUCGUGUCAAAACUAUUCUGCUUGGAAGGAAAGAAGAUCUGCUUUCACUGCCCUCAACUCUUGUUGGUGAAGAGGCAGCAGAAAGAUUGGAAUGUAAAAAUGGAUCAAAUUAUGUGGAACUAGAAAUUUUUGGAAGUAAUGUGAGAAUUCAGCUAGCAGACUUUCUGAGUAAUAGUGGAUGGGUUAAUGAAAACUCAGACUUAUCAUCUUCAUCCAGUUUAACAAAAGGACAGGAUACAAGUAUACUCUGCAUAGAACAGAGUUUUAGGGAUCGCUGGAAAAUAUAUAAACAGAAAUAAGAAAAAUGACUCAUAGUCCUACAAUGGUCUUUCAAAUAUUUCUUUAAAAAAUAAAUAGAAGAAGCAUGAUUAUCAGUAUUUAUUCACAAACUGUUUAACAUCAAUUUAUA